CUCUCUGGGGGCUCUGCCACACUGGCCUGCCUGCUGACUGGCUACUCCCCUCAGGGGGCGCUGGUGAGCUGGGAGGUGGACGGGCUGGAGGUGAGCAAGGGGGUCGUGACCAGUCUAGAAGAAGAAAAGGAAGGCCUUUACAGACGCAGCAGCACCUUGACCCUGAGCAAGGCAGGCUGGGAGCAGGGAGAGCUCUACACCUGCAGGAGAGUUACUGGUGUGUGUAAAGUGCAGGAGGUUUUUGUACGGCCGUUCAAUGAGUCUUUAUCACUGUGGUACACUUUCGGUGGCGGCACCAAACUCAUCGUUGACUUGGGUGUGGUACGUCCCUCCCUGACCGUCCUACUCCCCUCCAGUGAGGAGCAGGACAAGGGGAAUGUUGCCCUAGUGUGCCUGGCCAACAGAGGCUUCCCGGGGGGCUGGAAGCUGGGUUGGAGGCUGGGGGCCGGGGGAGCCUUGCAGGGCAGCCAGAGCCUGGAGGUCCUGGAGAAGGAUGGUCACUACAGCUGGAGCAGCAGCCUCACCCUCCCCACUGACCAGUGGAGGAAUGCUGGCUCAGUCACCUGUGAGGCCACCCUAAAGGACCAGACCCCCGUCACUCACACACUGGAGCCACGCCACUGCUCCCAGUAGACCCCCUGUACACAGAGAACACCUAUCUGUCUGUCAUUCCAUCAUUCUAAAUAUCUAUCUAUAGCUUCAGCUUUGGUCAUCAAUUUGUGUUUCUGCAUCUUUACAUCUGUACGUGUGGUUGUAUUGCUUUUAGAUUGGAAAUGUUAACAAAAUAAAGUACUUUGUAUUAAUGUCAAA